AUGUUCUUUGAAUUCAUCACUUUGAUUGUUUUAUGUGGGUCGAAUGGUGUUAUUGGCAAUGAACACGAUCAGGUGCCCUUAGUAAAACCCAAAGCGCCUCAAUGCAAUUUAUUCUGUGAAGUCUGUACUUCAGCAUUGAACAUUACAAAAUACAUAUUGGACAAUGAACCUUUUUUACCAAUAAUAUUGAGAUAUCUAUCUCCAAUAUGCUAUUUCUUACCUGAAAGACAAUAUCGAGAAAAAUGUUCUGAACUUUUAGACCGUGGAGUAAUAGAGAAAAUUCACCAUUGGAUUGAUCAAAUCAAUAUUAUAAAUUCUGUUCUAAAAUUGGGUUUUGUAAUGGCACGAAACCAUCCUCAAAUUCUAGUGAUGAACUAUCUUGUAUAA